GCCUACAAUGUAGACUAAGCUACAAACCUAAGUUUUUUGUAGUGAUGAUGAGACGAGUGGGAGGAGGUUGAUUUCUACCUCGUCUGGUAUUAGUCAGAUAAGAGGAGGAGUCUCUCACUGACAAGAGACUGGCUCUUCUGAGUUUGUCUGCUCCCUAAAAUAGCAGUUCGUGUGUAAAUGUGACUGAAAUUACGUGUAUGUCUAUUGGAGCCUCUGAUAUAGAGUGUCUAUAUACAACGAGGAACUUGGGAGACAAGGACAUUUUUCCCAAGGAGGAAAACGCAGCAGGAAGCUUAACGCAAGCGAGGGAAGCAUUCAAGGGAAAGGAAGAGACAGACAGGAGCUGGAUAUUCCCAUAAAGAGGAUAUCACUGCUUUGAUAGUUGGAUUGUGGUGUGGUCACAAGAAGGACAGAGUUAAACCGAGUAGAGUGUUGUACAAUGUGCUAGGAGUGAAGGAAAGAAGACAAGCUCUGUUGUUUUUCUGAUAUUCUUGAGGUGUCAGAGAGACCGAACAGGACGCAGAGAUGGGACGGAAGAAGAUACAGAUCACAAGGAUCAUGGAUGAGAGGAACAGGCAGGUUACCUUCACGAAGAGGAAGUUUGGGCUAAUGAAGAAGGCCUAUGAGCUCAGCGUUCUAUGUGACUGUGAGAUAGCCCUGAUCAUAUUCAACAGCUCAAACAAACUCUUUCAGUAUGCGAGCACAGAUAUGGACAAGGUCCUGCUCAAAUACACUGAGUACAACGAGCCCCACGAGAGCAGAACCAACUCCGACAUUGUCGAGGCGCUAAACAAGAAAGAACACAGAGGCUGUGAUAGCCCGGACCCUGAUGCCUCAUAUGUCCUCACCCCUCACACAGAAGAAAAGUAUAAAAAAAUUAAUGAGGAGUUUGAUAAUAUGAUGAGAAAUCAUAAAAUCCCCACAGCGCUGCCCCAGCAGAACUUCCCCAUGCAUGUGGCAGUGCCAGUCUCCAACCAGAAUACCAUGUCCUACAACCCAGGAGGAUCCAUGAGCAGCCAGGCCCUGGCCCAGGCCGCAGCCUCUCUGAGUGACAGCGGGAUGCUCUCCCCCCCUCAGGCCUCCUUACACAGGAGCGGUGGUCAGCAGAGGCCCCCCACUCAAGGCAAUGCAGGGGCUUUCCAAGUGAAAUAUGGAUUGGCGUUCUUGGAACAACUACCGAGGAGUGGCUUUGUCAACUCCAGGGGCUCUCCGGGACUCCUGGGCACACCCAGCGGGAACGGCCUGGGGAAAGUCAUGCCCACCAAGUCUCCACCGCCCCCUGGAGUGAACAUGGGGAUGGGAAACCGCAAGCCAGACCUGAGAGUGGUGAUCCCCCCAUCCAGCAAAGGCAUGAUGCCCCCACUGUCAGAGGAAGAGGAAAUGGAUUUGAACACCCAAAGGCUAAGCAGCACCCAGUCCCAGCCACUGGCCACCCCAGUAGUGUCUGUCACCACCCCCAGCCUGCCCCCUCAAGGCCUGGUAUACUCAGGCAUGCCCACUGCUUACAACACCGAGUACUCCCUGAGCAGUGCAGAGAUCUCCUCCCUACAGGGCUUCGGCUCUCCAGGGCUCUCUCUGGGCUCCGUGUCGGCAUGGCAACAACAUCAACUGGGCCAGGCAGCUCUCAGCUCUUUGGUGGGUGGUGGUCACCUACCUCAGGGCUCCAACCUCUCUAUCAACACCAGCCAAAACAUCAAUAUCAAGUCAGAACCCAUCUCCCCUCCGCGGGAGCGCGUCACCCCCUCUGGCUUCCAUCAGCAGCAGCAACAGCAGCGGCAUCAGCAGCAGCAGCAGCAGCAGCAGCAGGCGUCCGGCCGGCAGGACCUGGGCCGCUCGCCAGUGGACAGCCUCAGCUCCUCCUGCAGCUCGUACGAUGGCAGCGACCGCGAGGACCACCGGCCAGACUUCCACUCCUCCUCCAUGGGGCUGGGCAGACCCCCGGCCGGCACCGAGGACAACAGGGCGAGCCCUUCUGUCAAGCGCAUGCGCAUGGACACCUGGGUGACAUAGAGCCACCUGGUCAAGCCUCCAGUCACCAGCUAGUCAGAUGGAG